ACAGCAGCUGGCAGUGUGGGCAGUGAGGACAGCAAGCCGCAUGCACGGCACCUGCGCGCUCGCAUCAUCAGGAGCGCGCUCGCGGAGCGCCACCGCCUUCACGCGCCGCAGCAUCAGGACCAUCAAGGACAGCAAUGAACGCAUCCACGCGUUAAUCUCGCGCUAUUCCAGACACCAGCUAUGAAUCAUGCAUGUGAUAUUAGUCUCGAGUGUGCUGUGCGUCUUCGCGUCCUGCGUCGAGCCGUCAGCCGUAUUGGAGAGCGAGCAGCAGGAUGAUACCGCCGCACAGCAGACGCACAAUGGCAGCGGACUGCAAGAGCAAACGCUCACUUACCCCUCACGCCUCAUCUACUACCUGAAGGAAGCUUCGGAGAGCACCUUCCAUGACCUGAACACCCGUGCCAAGAGCCCUGACCCAAACGGACAGGAGGUCCACCUCGCUCAGGCUUCAUUUCAACUUCAGGCCUUUGGGACGCAAUUCAUUUUGGACCUGACAUUAAACAAUGACCUGCUGUCAUCAGAUUAUGUGGAGAUUUAUUAUGAGGGAGGGAAGGCCGUCCAAUGGAAGGGUGGAGAGCACUGUUAUUAUCACGGCCAGAUCAGAGGCAACGAGGAAUCUACUGUGGCUUUAUCCACCUGUAAUGGUCUUCAUGGCGUGUUUGAUGAUGGAAUCCAUAUGUACACAAUUGAGCCGCUUAAACAGACUCACUCUAUCGAGGGAAUGGCCAGACCACACGUCUUACACAGGACACCCGUCCCACAACAGAGCCCAGCUACAGGAGAGGACGGUAAACACUCUUACAGUCAAAGCGCGGGGGACGAGUCGUCACAUCCAGAGGAUUUGUCCUGGCUCCGGCGGAGGAAAAAGCGAGCUAUUCCCAGGAACGUGUUUGAGGAAAUGAAGUAUAUAGAACUGAUGAUCAUCAUUGACCACAACAUGUUUAAGAGACAGAAGACCAAGCAGCACACACGGAAUUACGCCAAGUCUGUGGUCAACCUGGUGGACGCUAUUUUUAAGGAGCACCUGAACACGCGUGUGGUCCUGGUGGCGGUUGAGAUCUGGACCGACAGAGAUCACAUUCCCAUCAGUGUCAUUCCAUUCGACAUGCUGCGGGACUUUUCCAAAUACAGACAGCAACACAUCCGACAGCACGCUGAUGCCGUUCAUCUCUUCUCCAAUGUGACAUUUCACUAUGCACGGAGCAGCGCGGCGUACUUCGGAGGAAUGUGUUCUGUGAGUCAUGGGGUUGGAGUGAAUGAGUACGGCUCGACGUGGACCAUGGCGCUCCUGCUGUCCCAGAGUUUAGCUCAGAGUCUCGGCAUUCAGUGGGACACAGCUUCAAAGAGAAAGGAGUGCGGCUGUAUAAACUCCUGGCUGGGCUGCAUCAUGGAAGACACUGGGGUACAGCACCCGCGGGUCUUCUCAAAGUGCAGCAUCUCUGAUUUUAAAGAGUUUCUGUUGAAGGGAGGAGGAUCCUGUCUCUUUAACAAGCCCAGCAAGCUCUUUGAAUCAACGGAGUGUGGAAACGGAUAUGUGGAGGUGGGAGAAGAGUGUGACUGUGGACCGAGUGAUGAUUGUGUAAGAGAGUGCUGUAAGAAGUGUUCGCUAUCGAACGGAGCGCACUGCAGUGACGGACCCUGCUGUAAUAACACGUGUCUGUUCUAUCCGCGGGGUUACACGUGUCGCUAUGCAGUGAAUGACUGUGACAUUUCAGAGACGUGUUCUGGAGACUCCGGACAGUGUCCUCCAAAUCUACACAAACAGGACGGUUACUUCUGCUCUCUCAACGAGGGCCGCUGUUACGCUGGAGAAUGCAAGAUGAGAGACAGUCAGUGUAAAUACGUGUGGGGUCCAAUGGCCGCGAGCGCUGAGAAGUUCUGUUAUGAAAAGCUGAACACAGAAGGCUCAGAGAAGGGCAACUGCGGUCAGGAUGGAGAGAAAUGGAUCCAGUGCAGUAAGCAUGACGUGUUUUGUGGGUGUCUGUUGUGCACUAACACCGGCCGAUUCCCUCGCAUUGGAAUCCUGAAAGGAGAGGUCACACCCACAAACUUUAAUCAUCAGGGCAGAGUGAUCGACUGCAGCGGUGGUCACGUGUUGCUGGAUGAUCAGACGGAUCUCGGUUAUGUAGAGGAUGGGACUCCGUGCGGUCCGUCCAUGAUGUGUCUGGACAGAAAGUGUCUUCCCAUUCAGUCUCUGAACCUGAGCUCCUGUCCCACUGGACCCAACGGACACGUCUGUUCCAGUUACGGGGUGUGCAAUAAUGAGGCCUCAUGUACAUGUGACACAACAUGGGCGGGGACCGACUGCAGUAUACCCGACCCUCCAAAAGAACCUGAAUCCAGCGAGGACGAGGGCCCGAAGGGUCCCAGUGCCACCAAUCUGAUCAUAGGGUCCAUCGCAGGGGCCAUCCUGGUGGCCGCUAUAGUCCUGGGUGGGACGGGCUGGGGGUUUAAAAACGUGAAACGGCGAGGAUACAAUCCGAAUGCUGGUGGCAUCUAGAGGACGAGAAGAAACGCUGAUCUCCAGAGCUUCUGAAAUCAGCCGGGCUUCUGUUUUUGCUGCUAUUUUCAGGCAUUAGUUAUACUUGAAAGUAUUAUACGUCAUAGUGAAGAAUUCAACAAUACUUUAGUUACGUAGCCACUCCUCCUUUUAUAAACCCUGCCUACUCUCACACAGACGCUUUUUAAUCACAUCCCACUGACGAGCCAAUCAGAUCAUCUUUCUAUUUCUAUCUUACAGAAGCAUGACGUCACAAAAGAGCUUGGCACCCUGAUCGAAGGUUUUGCAUGGCUAAGCUGAUGCUAAUAUUCAACCUGCGAGGAAAUGAUCCCUGUUGCGUAACACCUAAAACAUGAUCCAAACAUGACCUUACGAUUGUUUCUUUGACAAAGUGAGAAAAACAGAAGUAAAGAAAGUUGUCCAGUACGAAGCCAUAUCAUUUUGUUCGAGAAAUCCUCCAGUAUGUGUGAAUGAAUUAUUUCUGAGGUCUGUGACUGUCAGGGGUGGACACCUUAACCUUAAUGUCCUCUUGACAGAAAGGGCCACCUCUCACCCCGGUACUGAUGCUCCUGCAAUCCGUGCUGGAACAGGUUCGUCCUUGCUGAUCUCUUAAAGAGACAGUUCACCCAAAAAUACAAAUUCUGCAUUUAUUCACCCUCAUGUUGUUCAAAACUCUUUCUUCUGCAGAGCACAAGAGAAGAUAUUUUGAGAAAUGUCUCAGUGGGUUUGUGUUUGUCACGAGUGGUGAGGAAGAACCCAAGCGCAGGCAGCGGGGGUGAAGGGGUUAAUACAAAAUACUUUAAUUAUAAACAAACACCCUCGAUGGGGGAAAAAACUGAACUGAGGAUCCUUACAAAAAACAAAGACUUCCCACGUGGGGGCAAAAGGUAAACAAGAACAGCCAAAACCCUAACUGAAAAACACGACAAAAUGUCUCACAAAAAACAUGGCAGGGUAACUAAGGCAAAAAAACAAAACUCACAGUUCACGGACAAGGCAAGGAACAUGCACACGGGCAACAACAUGAGAACACGAACAAGGUAAAAUCAAUGAGCACAGGACAAUGAACACGAGGGUAUUAUAUAGGGUGACAAACAAAGGAAGAUAAUGAGGGGCAGGUGAGAAACAUAAGACACGGCAGGGAAGCAAUAUGGGAAACGAGAGGGGCGGGGCCAAUGACGAGACACGAGAAAGCACAUGGGACGUCAAAGGUAAACAACCCAUGACUUUCUCACACUAAACAUAAGGGAUCUGUCCCGAUCCUGCCACACGACUAGAAAAUCAUGAACAAGAAGGCAGGACCGUGACAGUGUUCAUACAAUGGAAGUCAAUGGAGUUCAGUGUUGUUCGGUUACAAACGUUCUUCGAAAUAUGUGUUCUGCUGAAGAAAGAAAGUCAUACAAGGUUGACAUGACAUGAGGAUGAAGAAAUGAUGAAAGAUUUUGAAUUUUUUUUGGCUGAACUAGCCCUUUAACGCUCAACGUCAAGGUAUCUCUUUCUGUUGACAUCAGGAAUAUAUGAAUAGAAUUUCUUUAAGACGCUAUGAUGUCAUUUUACGCUCACAGACCUCUUCAUCUCUUUUCUUCAGUUUUAAGGAAUAUUCACGACAGUGAUUUCAAAUACAGAUGAGAAUGGGAUGAUUUGAGUCACAAUAGCGUGUGUAAAAGCGAGCAUCUGUAGAUGCUGUACGUCACCUCGCGCUUUAAAUAAGGAGGCGACUCUAUGCCAAAGAUCUGCUGAGGAAACCGUCCGUUUGGAUGUGACAUGCAGCACUUUACAGUGAUGUUCAUACACCUGUAGGGGUGAGACAGUGUGAUGGUAACCGAUCACCUCAAAAACACCGGCAAUAACUCAGUCCUUACAUAUAUCUUGUUCUACCUGUUAAAGUGUCACUGCAAACCCUUUUGUCUACGUAUUAUUCCGAGCUUUUCAUAUGGAUCACCUUUAGAGGCCGAUGACCCUGGCGGAAAGCAUUGCGUUGCUGCAUGAAUUCACUCUAUUGUGGGCUUCUUAUUACUCUGUAAGAAUGAAGUGUGAUUACCCAAACCCAUAUGAAUAUAUAUUACAGAGAGCCUGCUGUGCUGUUUGUGCAUGUCUGCUACAAACCUUUUAUUUACUAUGCAAAAGAAUUUGUCGCACAAGGAUGAAACACACUAGAAUAUGACUACGAAAUCAGUUGCCCCAGUUCUUUGGGUUAGCCAUGAUAGACCGUUAUGCCACGUCUCAUCAGGAACUCAUUUGUUGCUUUUAUCCUAAAAAAGAACGAAUGUAUUUCCUUUGGUUGAAAAAGAACUCAUUUUGCAGAAGUAGAACACACACACAAACUCAGAUGAGAGUCCACGUGUGAGGUUUCAGCUGUGAUUUGAAACACUUGCCUCUUGUAUUUUUGGUUUGUCAUUAGCAUCAUUACUGAGCUGCUGUUACCCAUAAAAUACACCAUGCCUACAGGAAAACCACGGAAGUAAUAAAAUCAGCAGUAUUUUACACCUCUGAGAGUGCUUUUCUGUCUUCAUUUACUCACAGAGGUUUGAGGAUGGAUGUUAUGAGGACACGUUGGGAAUGGUUGCAUAAAGAACCUCUAAACUAAAAUCAUGAGAUGUGAAUGUUUCCUGAUAGUUCCUGAAUAAGCACUCAAUAAUCUUGGCUACAAAAAGCUACUGAACAUUUAAAACACAUGUGACAACCUGCCCUUACCUGACAACAUUUAAAAAGAACAUUGUACUAAUUCAACCUUUUGGCCUGCAUAUACAGUAACUUCGUUGACAAUUGCCAGACAAGGGUUUACGGACACUAGAUUGAAAUGUUGCAUGAUUUUAAAGAUUUUAAAGGAUUUCUACAUGCUUAAGUGUCUGAAACUAGUUUUGUGGAUAUAAAUAUUAUUGUGCUAAAAAAUUGGUUGUUAAUUUUUAAUAA